AUGAUAACUAAAUUUAUCACAGAGGUCAAGGCAGUUUUCAAUCCUUUCUCUCCUAGAGCAAAACCUGCCCGAUUGUUUCUUACCUUCCUACCGUCGAACGCGCGCCAGACAAUGAAAAUUGAAACAAAAAUAUUGGCAAGGACAUCCAAAGAACCCUGCAGCCUGUCACUAAGGUUUAAAGAUGGAAAAGAAAUGAGUCUACAGCCGGAUGUACUAGGUCUCCAAGGAAUGUUUGAUGAAGUUGACAGACACUCGAGAAUACUACUACGAAAAGAAGAAUUGAAUGGAUAA